AGUAUUCUGUGAUCUGGACUCUGGUAAACAUAAACAAUAACAAAAACACUGGUCACUUUACAAAAAUUAUUUUAUUUUGGUAAAGCGCUUGAUAUUCUGGAUAUUGUGAAUCUGGUAAUGUCAAAUGGCAUCUGAAGAACAAAGAACUGAAAAUAAACCUCCGUUCAAAAGUACAUUAUCGUAUUUCAACUCCAAAACUAAUGGGAAUAAGAAAAGAACGUGGAAGUCUUUAAAACAGAUUAUUUCUUCUGAGAAAGCAUUAACAUGGCCAGAAGAGGCUAUUCUUUAUAGCUCCAUCAAUGCACCUCCAUCAUUCAGACCACCUGAAAAGUUUUCUGAUUUAUCUGGAUUACCAGCGACAUAUACUGAUCCUGCAACAAGACUGAGGUUUGCUAAUAAGGAAGAAUAUGCUACAAUAUUGGGACUUCCUAUGGAUAUCACUGCAGGGUACCUUGCAUUGAGGGGUGCCAGUAGCAUUGUAGGCUGAAGUCUAUUCCGUUUCCUGGAGAGAAUCGUAUACUUCAAUGAUUUGGCAUUUGAUUCCCUGAGAUGGUUAUCUCAUUGUUCCUUGAUGAAUAUAUUUGAAUUGUUGCUUUAAUAAACAUUAAAUAUAUAAUAUAAUAAAGUUGAUACAUAUAAUACCGAGAAGAAUUAUAAUUUUAGCAUACGAAUGGUAAAAUGUGAUUAUUUCCAAAUAAAUAUCUGAGUUCCAUUCCUCUA